AUGCUAGUGUGCAGAAUGUUGACGGAGGCACUGCGCGUUAUAACUUUAGCAGCGAGAUUCCCACACUGGCACAUUGGCUCACCAUGGGACCAAGGGGGACGCUUAUUGGACGACACUGAAGACCUCAAGCUUAACCAAGAAUACAUCGUAGUGGACAGGCAACUAUGGAAACGAGAACUAGAUGCGUAUCAUACCAACAAGUUCCCGGUAUACAACCUCCAAGUCUGGCGCGCUACCGUACCACUGGACAAAACUAACCAUCUUCAACUAAUCAAUUACAUCCACGACGUUCCUCUGCUACAAGCACCGCCAACUACUACGCGCUGUCCGUCUCUUCCUCAUAGGCUUUGGGCGAUGGUUUUUGCCUAUUUACAUCCAGACUGGGAGCGUAUGGGUGAUGAAGACUUGAUGAUCUUAAAUGCAGCACAGUUACUAGUUGGCUACCUAGUAGCCCACCAAUACGAAGGUGACACGCUCCGCAGCGUGGCGAAUAACUUCCUGGCGCAGCUACUUCUUAUCCGUACUUAUGUCCUGCAACACCCCCCGCUUACCAGAACCGUGGCGAAGCUGGCGCCACUGCUGAUCCAGCCUGAGAUUGGAUCGCGAAUUUUUCGCCAGACUUUUGGAGACUUCUCACUAGUUACACAACCAAGGAAACGAGCCCAAAUUACAAACUACUAUCCCUCUGGCUUCCUUGGUACGUCGGCAGACACUCCGCUCAUCGAUGCACUACUAGAAACCAAAGCAAAAAUAGUAACCAGAAGAUUCUAUGAAGUUGAGAGCUGCUAUGGGAGAGAAUAUGCACCAGAGACGAGGUUUGUCCUUCAAGGACAUAGACUAACGAUCAAGGAAAGGCCUAGACAUAAACUUGCGUGUCAGUGUGGGCGUAUCUUAUAUGGGGUAACCAAAGCCAAGUUUGCACACACGGGGGUCUCCCCUACCCAGGCCAGGUCUAAACAUAGUACUACUUGGCACUUUGAUUUCAAUCAAAUCUACCAUAUUAGUAGCUCUUUUGAAAUUGCGAACCACCCUAGACAAAGCCAAGCCUGCACGUGGUGUAGGGUUGGUAAUAACUAUCUAGACAACAAGGAACAAAUCAUUACGAGAGCACGCUACAUUGACGACGAAGUAUAUACUACAGAGAUGAACUAUAGGCCGAUCACCUCCCCUUUUCUCAGUCUAGCACCUGAAACGAGGGGCAGAUGGACAAGGGAUUCAGUUACAAUCCUCUAA